AUGAGUGCACGCUCGAAUGAAGGACAUGGGGCUUCCAUGGAAAACGGGAAGCUUGAUACGCCCGAAGAUGGCGGUGCCGAUACUACUUGCAACCGAAAAAGUCACCUGGAACCGGGAGGGGAACGGAAGCAUGGUCGAGUUACUGCUGGCAAUACUCGAGAAGCUACGAAGAAUAAACAGAAAAGCGGUAUUCGUUGGGCUCCCUUAAAUGUUGGUCUUGAACGGCGCCUACAGACAUUUGUGGUCCUAUGCCAUACCCUAACAAUCGCCAUAUUCUUGACGAUCUUCUUUUUCACUUGUGCUAUCCCCUUGUCUUGGCCGUUUCUGGUGCCGUACCUAGUCUAUAUAUCUCUUUUCUCUACGGCUCCCACAUCGGGGAACUUGAGCGGCAGGUGCAAUUUCCUGCGCUCACUCCCAAUCUGGUCAAUCUAUGCAUCGUAUUUCCCUGCGCGCUUGCAUCGCUCAGAACCUCUCCUGCCAACUCGAAAGUACAUUUUCGGAUAUCACCCACAUGGAAUCAUCUCGCAUGGCGCAUUCGCGGCUUUCUCGACGGAGGCUCUUGGGUUUUCCAGGUUGUUUCCAGGAAUAACAAAUACGCUGCUCACCCUCGAUUCGAAUUUCAGAAUCCCGUUCUACAGGGAAUAUGCGCUGGCCAUGGGCGUCGCGAGCGUAUCUCGAGAAUCGUGCGAGAAUCUGCUCACGAAGGGUGGUAGCGACGGGGAGGGAAUGGGUCGGGCCAUCACCAUUGUCAUUGGUGGAGCUCGUGAAUCUCUCGAUGCCCUACCUCAUUCACUCCGUCUUGUACUGAGACGCCGCAAGGGUUUCGUCAAACUCGCUGUUCGCACGGGUGCUGAUCUUGUGCCCGUGCUAGCAUUCGGCGAGAACGAUCUUUACGAGCAAGUGCGCUCGGACCAUCAUCCCAUCAUCCACAAACUGCAAAUGCUGGUAAAGCAGACAAUGGGCUUUACGAUCCCCCUGUUCCAUGCUCGUGGUGUAUUCAACUACGAUGUUGGCCUAAUGCCAUACCGCCGCCCUUUGAACAUCGUUGUUGGUCGUCCAAUCCCGGUCGUUCAACAAAAGGACAGAAACAAGAUCGAUGACAACUACAUCGACCAACUUCAUACUGAAUAUGUGAAGGAGCUUGAGAGGUUGUGGGAACGGUGGAGGGACGAGUAUGCUAAGGAUAGAGUUUCGGAGCUUGAGAUUGUUGCGUGA